AAAUCAUUUUCUGCAACCCUUUCUCUCGGCAUUCGUUAUCAACAUCGUCAAAAGAAUCAAAUUUCUUUAUCUCUUUCUCUCUCUUUCUACUGCUCAGCCAUUUCUCUUUGAGAGAGAGAGAAAAAAAAAAGCUUAACAUUUGAGGCACACCGCAGAGAAAGAGAGAGAGAGAGAGCAUUUGUUCACUUAUAAGGAAGAAUGGCAGUUCCCAAGGUUUGUUUCAUGGCUGUUUUUGCAGCUCUUGUUUUUGCUAUGGCUGUUGAUGCCCAGUCUUCUGCUCCCGCCCCUGCUCCCACAAGCGACGGGAAUUCAAUCGAUUUAGGGAUUGCGUACGUGUUGAUGCUGGUGGCUUUGGUGCUCACUUACCUCAUUCACGCUGCUGAUUUCUGUUUUAGCUUUUGAUUUUGAUUUUUUUAAUUUUUGCAUUUGAACAAUUUAUGUGAAACAAUGGUUGGCUGGUCUCGAUUUGAGUCCUAAAAGGGUUGUUUUUUGUGACUUUAGAUAUUAAUUGUUGGGAUUCGUUGAUAAUGUCAAUUUUUUUUUUAAA